GGAUCUGGAGAGGAAUCGUCCCCCGCCAGCGAUGGGCCGUUCAUUGCAGCCAUCGCUGAGGUUCAACGAGGUUCUCGAUGUCGAAGGCGGUCAUCGCGACGAUGGUCAUGACGGUGGUGGCAGUGAACUCAAGUUCGAUAGAAUCGGCCACGUGUCAUCUUCAGCGUCAAUGCCCUCUCGGCCGAGUCAUCGAUCUGUCUGGAGAUCAUCCGCGCCGUCCCUAUCUUCUCCUUCUCCUUCUCCUUAUGGUGUUUCUACUGCCGUUGCGGUCUCGUUGAACAGAAAGAAGCCGACCAGAUUAUCAACGGUAGCCUCGCUGGAUCUCGACAGCGGUCUUUGCUGUCCUUGGCAAGGGGGGGGGGAGGGAGCGCCCCCCCCCCCCCCCCCUCCCCCUCCACGUGACAAAUCCUCGCCGUCGCCGCUGAGACAGGUGCCAGCGCAACUGCCAUCUUCUUCUUCAGCGCUGUCGGAGAUGCAGCGGCGGUUGUCGUCAUCAGCUGGGAGUUCAGCUGAGCCGGNAAAGGCAUCCGCGGCUAAGAACACAGUAGUUCCGGAAGUGUACACUUUUGAUGAAUCUACGGGCCUCGCUCCACCACUCUCGAAAUGUGCAAAACCUGUCUCUUAUACACAUCUAGAUGUGUAUAAGAGACAGGUGCCAGCGCAACUGCCAUCUUCUUCUUCAGCGCUGUCGGAGAUGCAGCGGCGGUUGUCGUCAUCAGCUGGGAGUUCAGCUGAGCCGGCCAAGCAGCUGGCUAUGGCGCCUGUCUUCUGUGCCCCAUCUGGCCCUCGCCUGCAUCAGCGUAUCGGACUCAUCCUACCAGCAGGAGCGUUGGCCGGAGAGAGAGAGAGCGUGCCGCGGAGAGGAGAAGGUAAGCAAGUCGAGCGUUCUGUCGAUGACAUGCAAAGCUCAGAUGAUGUCGUACGACUUCCUCUGCGAAGUCUGACGGUCCAUCAUGGCGUGGAAAUAGCAAGCAGGCCCUCAGAGGUCGUCUGUCUGACAAACCCAGAGUGCUCGCUUGCUGAUAGCACAGUCAACAAAGUCAACGUCGAAGUCAACGCUCCAUCGGCGGCUGAUGAUUUGUCAAUCUCCAGCUGUAGCGACAGCGGCGGCACCAGUAUCAGCAACGUUGAGGGGUGUUCUAAUGAUGGCGGCAAUCGGGAUCCCGGCAAUGCCGAUGGUGGUGGGCCAUCGUGGAAGGGCACCGCAGCAGUCUAUGGAGGAUCGAGCAAGACGGGAUCAUCAUGUCAGAUCUGCGCCGCUGUGUGCGACAGCAGCCGCGGCGGACGUGCAAGUGAAAUCACCGGCGAAGUGUGUGCGACAGCUCAGCGAGGAUCGAACGUUUGUCGUCGUCUCCGUUUGUCGUCGUUUGGUGCAUCGGGCGGUCAGUGGGAGGAUGAUGACACAGUGUCUCAAUCAUCUUGCGGCGAUGGCGGCGGCGGCGGCGGCGGCAGCAGCCGCGCCGCUCGGUUGUGCUUUUCCCCAUAUGAUGGAGAUCGAGAUAGUCGUGCGCAUGGCGGUCCAACGAAGAGGAGUGCUGGCGAAGAAGGAUCGGAGGUUGGAUUGCAAUUUGCCAGCAGCAGCGACGAUGAUGAGGGUCGGUUUCGAAAUCGCGCUUUGCAGGGCUCGUCGUUCUCUCAGCAUGAUGAUGAGCUUCUUGUCAAUGUCCGAAAUGCUGGCGCUGUAUCAGAUGUCAUCGCUAUUGUUAACGACGAUGUUCGCGCCGAAAGACGAUCUCGACCUCUCAUCGGAGUCGGUGGAAACCAGCAGCAGGAGGAGGAGAAGCAGAAUGAGGAGGAGGAGGAGGAGGAGGAGGAGGAGAAAAUACGAUGGAAGGCGAUGCAGAGCAGAAGCUGGUCGGGUGGAGUUGCAGUGGAAGACACGGACAUGGGCACAGGCUUGAGGAAGGCGCAGGUCGAGAACGGUGGCGGGAAUGAAGAUGUGGCUCUGGGGCAUCAGACGAACCCGUUGUUGCACCAGGACCAUGGACAGGACCAGGAACGGGAGCAGCACCAGGACCGGGAACAGGAGCAGCACCAGGACAACGCUGGUAAUCCUCAUGAGAAUGGUGUUGUUCCGAUGGGGGCCUGCGGCAAGUCCGCGACGUGCGACGCUGAGCCGCUCGUGUACGAGUCGGGAUACCGACCGUCUUUUUCUCUGGACGAUCCCGGCAACCUUGGUACGUUAGCGGUCCGAUCCCCGCAGGUCAGCUCUUCGACUGUUCACCACCCUUCUCUCGUUCACAAUCAUGGUGUCGUCGCAUCUCUCAAGAGCCUGCUUCGCUAUGCCCAGCGCCGCCACUCCUUUCCCGACGACGAUCCCCAGUGUCAUCGCCUGACACGUCCGCCGGGUCGGUAUCGGGAUCGAGGCGCGUCCGAUCGAUGGCAUCCCGGAAUGUCGGGAUACCAGCCGGGAAUGGAUGGGGGGGGCAUUACAAGUACUACUAAGAUGAUGGCUGAAUCACAAGGGGGACGGAUCAAUGAAGGCGGCAGCGAGACACCUCCAGGAGGAAUAAUGAGUCCCCGGUCGCCGUUCUCUGACACCUCCACGUCGAUGUUACUGCGCAAUUAUCACCCCCCGAUGGAAUCGUCAUCGUCUGCUACUAGCGAGCUGACGAUUCCGUGCGUGUUCGCUCUACCGUGGUUCGGUUAUGGGUCUUGGAUCCAGGGGCUGAAAAUGGCGCGAGAGGCAGGGGAGCGGUCCCACGUGGGCGGAGCUGUUGCAGCUGUCGCUACUGUCAAUCAAGCUAGGGUACUCUUCCUGCUCGGCUGGGUACAGAUUGCCUUGGGAGCGUCGUUUGCGUUGACGCCUGUGUGGUCCCCACGUGGCUUCGUCCUGCUCGUCGGAGGGUGCUUCCUCGCGGCCGCCGCCUAUCUGUUAGUGUCAAUAUACGUAGUGCAUUUCUCGCUCUGCGAUGGUGGGGGGAGUUGGUGCACCAGCAGUGACGCUGGAGGCGGGGAGGAGGUCGGCGGCGAGGGGCAUCCGCAUUCUGCUAGCGAAUGUGAUAUGCUGAUGCUGGAAGGAGGGUCGGCAGGGACAGGAGGAGUGGGGGGUGGGGGUGGGGUUGGGGGGGGAACUGCGGCGGCGCCGGCGGUGGAGCGGGGAAGGCCGCGCCCACGUGGCGGAAGCUCGUGGCUGCUCACCGUCGACUUGUGCUGUGUUGUCAUCGACGUGGCUGUCGGGAGUAUGCUGAUCUGGCAAUGGGAGAUGGGAAUGGUGGCGCUGUCCUUCGCGACCGGCCUCUGGAUGCUUGUGAGAGGUUUCUGUCUGCUUUUGUCGUCUUGCGCGGAGACGAACGACUUGACAGGCGGCAGUAGCAGCCCGCUGACCUCGUCGUCCACACCUGCCACGUGGCUGCCCGUCGUUGUUUCUUCAAUUACAGCUAUGGCGGCGCCGAUGGACGAAGAGUCGGGUAGAAAGCUUGGGGAUGAAGAUCGGAAAGGAGGGAGAAGAGGAGGAGGAGGAGGAGGAGGAGGAGGAGGAGGAGAGGGAGUCGUAGUAGGACGAGGACGCGGCUCGUUACUCCGGGGCCCGCCUUCGGAUCUCUCUAUCUUCCUCUCCCGCGCGUUAACUUUGGUUAUCGGUGCUGUUUCUCUGCUGCUUGGUAGUUUGAUCUUGGGCAAUUGGCCUGGCUGCGCCACGUGGCUCGUUGGGAUUGUGCUCGGAUUGCACCUUCUCUGCAGCGGCAUCACUGCGGUGAUGGUGCUCGGCCGUUUCCUCCUCCAUCAUCGUCUCCAUAGUCCUUUUGCGACCGACGCUGACGACGGCGUUGGCAGUCACCUUGAUGACAACGAUGACGAUCAGGAAACGAAACAAGAGAAGGAAGACGAUGGGGCUGAUGUGGCGAACGACUCAGCAAAUGCUGAAGGGCAGAGCAGGAGCGACUGCAGCGGCGCAGCCACCUCCGGGAGGAGGAGAGAGAGCUUCUCGGGGCCCUUCUCCUUCUCCGGGCCCUUUUCAUUCUCCAGAGGGCUUGCCAAUAUCCCGCCCUCGGUGGUCGAUGUCACUGUGAAUAGUGGAGACCUGCGUUGGGUGUAGAUAUGUGUGUGUGUGUGUAGCGGAAGAGGACAACACGUGGCAGCGACUCAUCCAUACUCAGCGCUCGGUGUUCUUGGCCAUGUGGCGUGUAAGGCGUGGCUAUCCAAAGCGUGCUCUGGCAAAUGAAUGGCAAACGGGUGA